GCACAGCUUAAUUUCUUCCUUUAUUAUCAAGUCACUUCUCAAUGCCUCUCUCACACUCUCCUUCCCCUUCCAUGGCGCCAAGCCUAACCGCCAAGCAAGAAGCGGCGCUUCUCAACGCUAAUCCACACUUAUCCAUAAAACUCCAAUCCUCAACUUUCUUCGCUAACAACCACCCAAUCCUCACCCAAGUCCCACCUAACAUAACAACAACCACUCCACCGCCCCACGAUGCUUCCACCACCCCCGCCGGAUGCUUCGUCGGUUUCUCCGCCGACGAGGCACGCAGCCGGCACGUGAUCUCCCUCGGCAAACUGAGGGGUAUCAGAUUCACGAGCAUUUUCCGCUUCAAGCUCUGGUGGAGCACCCACUGGUCCGGCAGCAACGGCCGCGACGUGGAGAACGAAACCCAAAUGAUGAUCCUCCAAAACGACGCCGUCGAGGGCCGACCCUACGUCCUCCUCCUCCCACUCCUCGAAGGACCCUUCCGAGCCUCGCUCCAACCCGGCCUCCACGACGACGUGGACAUCUGCAUGGAGAGCGGCUCCGCACGUGUCACCAAGUCACGCUUCCGAACCUCCGUCUACAUGCACGUGCACGACGAUCCUUUUACUCUAAUCGACGAAGCGCUGAAAGUAAUCCGAGUCUAUCUGGGAACGUUUAGGUUAAUGGAAGAGAAAACCGUGCCGGGGAUUAUUGACAAGUUCGGGUGGUGCACGUGGGACGCGUUUUACCUUAACGUGCACCCGGAGGGGGUGCGGGAAGGAAUUAAGGGCCUGGUGGAGGGAGGGUGUCCUCCGGGGUUGGUACUGAUCGACGACGGUUGGCAAACAUUUUGCCGUGACGACGAAACCGUGAGCGACGGGGGGAGUUUAAAUUGCUCUGUGCCGGGGGAGCAGAUGCUGAAUAGGUUGAUAAAAUUUGAAGAGAAUGGCAAGUUUAAGGAGUAUAAGUGUGGGAGGGAGGGUAAUAAGGGUAUGGGUGCGUUUGUGAGGGAGUUGAAGGAGGAAUUUAGUGGGUUGGAGUAUGUAUAUGUGUGGCAUGCGUUUUGUGGGUACUGGGGAGGGGUUAGGCCUAAGGUGCCGGGGAUGCCGGAGGCCACGGUGGUUCCGACCAAGUUGUCUCCCGGAGCGGAGAUGACUAUGACGGACCAGGCGGUGGUGAAGAUCAUGGAGAUUGGGGUGGGGUUGGUGCCACCGCAUCGGGCGCAUGAGUUGUACGAGGGGCUUCACUCUCAUCUGGAAUCGGUGGGAAUUGAUGGUGUCAAGAUUGAUGUCACGCAUAUUCUAGAGAUGCUAUCGGAGGAAUAUGGUGGUCGUGUCGAACUCGCUAAAGCAUAUUACAAAGCACUCACUGCUUCCGUGAGGAAGCAUUUCAAAGGCAAUGGUGUCAUUUCAAGCAUGCAGCAGUGCAAUGAUUUCAUGUUCCUUGGUACGGAAACCAUAUCACUUGGACGAGUCGGUGAUGAUUUUUGGUGCACGGACCCAGCUGGAGAUCCAAACGGUACCUAUUGGCUGCAAGGGUGUCACAUGGUGCACUGUGCUUACAACAGCUUGUGGAUGGGAAAUUUCAUACACCCAGAUUGGGACAUGUUCCAAUCUGAUCAUGCUUGUGCCGAAUUCCACGCUGCUUCUAGAGCCAUUUCUGGUGGACCAAUUUAUGUAAGCGACUCUGUUGGAAAACACAACUUCAAGUUGCUUAAGAAGCUUGUUCUACCUGAUGGCUCCAUUUUGCGGUGUCAACAUUAUGCACUUCCCACCCGAGACUGCUUAUUUGUAGAUCCUUUACAUGAUGGGAAAACAAUGCUCAAAAUUUGGAACCUCAAUAAAUGUUCCGGGGUUUUGGGUCUGUUCAAUUGCCAAGGAGGAGGUUGGUGCCCUGUUACUAGGCGAAACAAGAGUAGCUCUGACUAUUCACACUCCGUGACUUGCUUUGCAAGUCCUCAAGACAUUGAAUGGGGCAAAGGGAAGCACCCAGUUUGCAUCAAAGGGGUGGACGUAUUUGCUGUGUACAUGUUUAAGGACGACAAGUUGAAGCUGCUGAAGUACACAGAGAGUGUAGAAGUUUCUCUUGAGCCUUUUAGUUGUGAGCUUUUGACCGUUUCUCCAGUGGUGAUCUUACCCAGAAAAUCAAUCCAAUUUGCCCCAAUUGGAUUGGUAAACAUGCUCAACUCUGGGGGCUCUAUUAUGUCAUUGGAAUUUGAUCAACAGGAAAAUUUGGCGAGGAUUGGGGUGAGAGGACAUGGGGAAAUGAGGGUAUUUGCAUCAGAGAAGCCAGAGAGUGUCAAGAUUGAUGGAGAAUCUGUGGAAUUUGAUUAUGUUGAUAGAACCGUGAGGCUCCAAGUCUCGUGGCCUUGUUCUUCGAGGUUGUCCGUAGUCGAGUAUUUGUUCUGAAUCAUGAUUUGGUGUCCGAGAGAGCCGUGUAAUGUUCACAUAAACUGACUUAAGUGCAUUAAGCAAAUCCACCUUAAAUAAUAGUGCAUAACUUUGUUUUAUUUUUUUGAAGAAAAAAAAAUAAUGCUAAUGCACGUUAAACAAUAGUAGGUUUGUCCUGACAUGGGUUUCACACGGAAUAAUAGAUUUUUAUUUUAUUUUUA